CAGGGGGAGAGAGGGGAGUGGUGUGCCCCCCCCCCCCAUCCCUCCACAGGACCGCCAGCCCGUCUAGAGUUAUUCCAGGAAUGCGUUGAACAUGGCUGCCGCGAUGAAGGCUCAGAAAACGGGACUGCUGGAACUUCGACUGACCGUGGACCGCUGGAUCCGGGUGUUGGCCACUCUUACCGAGGACACGCUCACAGUAAACCCCGGGGAGGGUGCCGAGGAGCCCGCAAAGCCAGCCCCGAGCCCCGCCGGUGCUAUCAACGGAGACCCCCCGAACUUAAGCUCGUCCCCGGUCCCGGAAACCAUCACCAACGUGAAGCGCACCGUGCGAGUUACAAAGCAAGAUGUUGGAGGUCUGGGAAUCAGUAUCAAAGGUGGGAAGGAGAACAAGAUGCCAAUCCUCAUCUCCAAGAUAUUCAAGGGCCUGGCUGCUGACCAGACGGAGGCGCUUUAUGUUGGGGAUGCCAUACUGUCUGUCAAUGGCUAUGACUUAAGGGAGGCCACACAUGAUGAGGCUGUGCAAGCGCUGAAGAAAACUGGCAAAGAAGUCGUCCUCGAAGUGAAGUACAUUAAGGAGAUGUCAGCCUUCUUUAAAAACUCGGGGUCUCCAGGGGCCGCCCUCCCCUGGGACUCUCCUCCUUCCACGCCUCAGAGGGGCAUUGAACUCUCACCUGCUGAGGUGAAGGAGCCCCGCAGCAUCCCGCUAAAGAUGUGCCAGGUAUUACGGAAACAGUGCCCCCCGGACACAGAACACAGGUAUUUCGAGGUGAUUUCAGCCAACAGAAAGAACUCUGUGUUCCUGAGGGCUAUAGACCCAGCCAUGGCUCAGUCCUGGUUCAAUGCCAUCCAGACCGGCACUGCCAACCUUUUACCCCGAGUGAAGGAGGAGAUGAAGAGCAUGCAACUUGGCAUUGAGGUCAAACAUCUGGGCUGGAUUACAGAGCAGGUGACCCAGGGUCCAGAGAAACCAGUUCUGGCAAUGUUGACAGACAGAGACCUGCUCCUGUAUCCCUCCCUGCCUGAGAGCAAAGAGAGCCUCAGCAGCCCCACCAAGAGCCACCCGCUCAUUGCUACCAGACUGGUCCACUCCGGCCCAGGAAAAAGUUCUCCUCUCCAGGAUUCUGACCUCUCAUUUGGCCUGCGUACAGGCACAAAGCAGGGCGUGGAGACCCAUGUGUUCAGGGUGGAUUCUGCCAAAGAGCUGUCCACCUGGACUCAUCUGCUGGUGGAGGGCUGCCAUAAUGCUGCUGAGCUCAUAAAGGAGGUCACCACGGCCUGUAGUUGGAAUGGGAAGGAGUGUAACCUGGGAGUCCACAUUGAUGAGGGCUUCACACUAUUCACUGAAGAGAUGGGUAUUAGGAAAAGUAUUCUGCUGCAGCAGCCGUUCGAGCGCCUAAGAAUGUCCUCAGAUGAUGGAGUUCGCAUGAUCUUCCUCGACUUUGGAGGCCCCGAGGCCGAGAUUCAACUGGACCUCCACUCUUGCCCCAAGACCAUCGUCUUCAUCAUCCACUCUUUCCUGUCUGCUAAGGUCAAGAGACUUGGCCUCCUGGCAUGAUAAUGGCCAACUAUCCGAAACAUCAACAAUAGGAAUAUUCAAUAAAAGACACAGCCAGAAGACUCUGAAACACCAGAGGAUGUGGCCCUCUUAGGCCUCUAAAAUUGUCGUCUCUGGUCGGGCAACUGCUGGUUUUUCUAGGGGAAUGAAGAGAAAAAGCAUCAUUGAUGGACCGUUGUUGAACUCGUAGUUGUAAGGUAAAGAGAGGUUUUACAGAUCAGCAGCCACAUAAGGGAUCUGACAUCUGUCAAAUCUGUUACAGUGGGUCACAACACUUAAUGAUGGCAAACUGUGUGAAAUGACAGCCUGCAUCUUAAUGUUUUCUAAGCUUGAAGUCCCAACCAUUUUACGUUUUUUUGCCCCAUUGUUCAGUUUUGUUUUGUUUCAUGAGUCACAGCAGGCCUUUGUCAUGAGCAUCUUUUCAUCUUUCAAACGUUGCUUUAUGUGCUGAGAGCAGUCACAACAAAAGUUAUUUCACAAAUGUCCUGAUUGAUGUUGGACAAAUAUUUUUUCUUAUAAAGGCAGCUUCAGAGAAGUGACAGAAUGACAUGACUGAUCACUACAUGAUCAAUAGUCAGUUGUGAACAAUGUGGACAAUACAACCAUAGCUAUGUGCUUGUUAUGUAGAUGCUUGAGUUGCAUUUACCCUGUAUUUUAAUAAUACAAAAAGGUACAUACUUUUUGAAAUACAAGUUCCAAAUGCCAAAUCAAGUAUAUUUUUCAUGACGGUUGAAAAACAUAAUUUUAUUUUCCUCUGUCUCUCUUCUUCCCUGUUGUUGUGUGCUCAUCCAUGGCCUAACAAAGAGAGAUGACUAACAUAAAAGGCUUUUCUUAUUAUUGUGUUCUAGAUAAACAAAUUAAUUACAGAAAAAGGUUUAAUUUUCCUAACAAAAAUACACCUUUCCUGAAUCUGAAUGGCCUUUGUCAUUCAGUAUGACUGCAGUUUUAUUUCCUAUUAGCACAUGUGAAGAGCAAAUUAAGAGCACUUGUGUUUUUAGAGUCGUACCAACAAAGGUUUAUCCAUUAUCACAUAUUUAUAUAUGACAAACAGUUGGCUGAAAGAGUGUCAGUCCAGCUACGCUACUUCUCCUGUAUAGUUAACGUUCAAGUAGAAUACACGUACUCUUGGUUUUGUCUGUAUUUCACAAUGUAAUCAUGAGAAGGGACAAACAUCUUUCAUCAAAAAGCACCAAUCUGUUUUCUACACAACAUGUCUAACAUUUAAAUGUGUUAUUUUGCCAUAUGAAAGAUGUUGAGUUGUUUACAUCAUAAAGUUUAUGAUUGUAUUUUUUUCCUUUACUUUUUGUGUUAACUUAACAUCCACAACUUGGGGCCUUUUAUCUGUGUCGGACACAUGUAUUAAUAUAUACUUCAAAACUAAAAACCUGUUUGCUUUCAAGAAUGAAAUGUAUUGUAUAUUCUUAUUUAAACAGAGGUGUGCCUUGCAGGGUUGUUUGUAUAUAAACAUGUAAUAAACUUUGCUAACUUUUA